CGGAAUGCAUUCGAGACUUUCGAAGCAUUCACGUGUGGACCGCGCAUACUCUCUCUUCCCCUCUGCUCGAGUAUCCUCGGUGGCUCUCACAACACCGCAGAUGGCGACCGACCCGCGACGACGAAACGUCCAGUCGCAACCACCACCUCCCCCGCCUCCACCGCCGGAAGAUCAGCCCGACUCUACCACCGUAAGCCUCGAUGGGUCCAGUGACACCACCGCACAGCAGCCCAAUGGGCAGAAGCCAGGCGAGGCAGCGCAACCAGGCGGCUACAAGCUGAAGUUCUGCACCGUCUGCGCCAGCAACAACAAUCGUUCCAUGGAAGCACACCUCCGACUCUCCACCUCCGAAGCCGCAUAUCCUACCAUCUCCUUCGGCACAGGCUCGCUCGUCCGUCUACCCGGCCCCAGCAUCACGCAACCCAACGUGUACACCUUCAACAACACCUCCUACGACAGCAUGUACAACGAACUUGCAGAGAAAGACGCGCGCCUGUACCGCGCCAACGGCAUCCUACCCAUGCUCGAGCGCAACAGAGGCGUCAAGUGGGGCCCAGAGCGCUGGCAAGACUGGCGCGUGGGUGUGCCUCGCAUCGGGAAAAGAUGGGAAGGCGGAGAGGCGGAGUACAAUGCCGAUCGAGGGUAUGUGGGGACGGAGGCGGGGGUGGUGGACAUCGUGUUUACGUGCGAGGAGCGGUGCUGGGACGCGGUGGUGGACGACUUGCUUACGAGGGGCAGCCCGCUCAAUCGGCCAGUGCACGUGUUCAAUGUGGAUAUCAAGGAUAAUCAUGAGGAAGCGCUGGUUGGCGGGAGGGCAAUUCUGGAGCUGGCCAAUGAGCUGAACCAGGCUGCGAGGGAGGAGAGGGAGGCGCUGGGCGCGACGAAUGGCGGUGCCGCUGGUGUGAAUGGGUUUGACGCGGGCAUGCCGCAUGCGAGAGCGGGAUUCGAUGAAAGAGUGCCGGAGAUACUGGGCGCAUGGCAGGAGCGGUGGCCGGGUCUGCCAGCGCUCUGGACAUUGGCAUGGUUUUGAGCAUUUCUGCGGGCGGACGUGUGCAUUUUGAGAUACCCCAUCUGGCGAUAGAUCAAUCAGUCAAUCAAUCAUGAAAUGUG